ACAGAUACAGUUAAUUGUUUCAAAAACUUCAGAAAUUAUAAACUUUUUUGGUUAACUUGUCUUACUUCCAUCAAAGAUGUUUAUCCAAAAAACCGAAACCUUCAUCCCCUUUGAUGAGCAUGAGGAGCUCAUCACAGCCCUCCUUGCAGGGCGGUGGUGGGCAGUAAUGGAGGUCGAAGACCACUUACGUUCACCAUGUGAGAAGGGUGAGUUUGGGGACCUCCCUACAGACCAGGAAAUAGAGGCCCCACAAGCAGCACCUGUUCCUGUCAGCUCCAAUCAGGAACUGCCUGUGCCUUCCAGGAACCUAAAAGAAUCAGUUGUUCCCAACACGUACCAACAGGAAGUGCCUGUGUCUUCCAGGACCCCUAAAGGACCAACGGAAAUGGAUGAGUCUCAAUGGGAAGUGUCUGUGCUUUCCAGGACCCUGCAAGGAGGAACUGUUACUGACUGGUCCCAACAGGAACCACCUGUGCUAGCUAGGCCACCACUGAAGCAGAAACUGGGGGUCCCUGAAAAAAUGAGGCAGUAUCAGACAAGGAAAUCCAUUUUAACAUCUUUCCCUAUAAAGCAACCCAUGGGACGACCUACAUCUACCCAUGCACCUGUUCCCACUGCAUCCCCUGAGCAACCUCUGUCUGUUGCACACCCUGAGUAUGCACCUGAUCUGGCCAGGACUCCUGAGGAUACACCUAUGCCCGGUGUGUCCCCUGAGGUAGCACCUCUUCCAGCCAGUUCACCUCUAAAGUCACCUGUGCUUGCUGCAUACCCUGAGGAGGCACCUGUACUCACCACCUCCCCUGAGGGAGCACCUCUUCCAGCCAGAUCCUCUAAGGGGGCACACGUACCUGCAGCGUCCUUGGAAGCAGCACCUGUUCCUGUCAGCUCCAAUCAGGAACUGCCUGUACCUUCCAGGGUCCUAAAAGGACCAGUUUUUCCCAACGGGACCCAACAGGAAGUGGCUGUGUCUUCCAGGACCCCAAAAAGAGCAACUGAUCUGGACGAGUCUCGGUGGGAAGUGUCUAUGCUUUCCAGCAACCUGCAAGGAGCAACUGUUACUGACGGGUCCCAACAGGAAGCACCUGUGACAGCUAGGCCACCACGGAGGCAGAAACUGAGGGUCCCUGAAAUUAUGAGGCAGUAUCUGACAAGGAAAUCCAUCUUAACAUCUUUCCCUACAAGGCAACCCAUGGGACGACCUAUACCCUCAGUAUCCCCUGUGCAAGCACCUGUGCCUGCUGCGUCCCCUGAGGAAGCACUUGUUCUGGCCAGAACCCUGCAAGGAGCAACUGCUGCCAAUGGGUCCCAACAGGGAGCACCAGUUCCUGCCAGGCCCUCACUGAGCAGAAAACUAAGGGUCCCUGAAAACAUGAGGCAGUAUGUAACAAGGAAUAUAAUUUUAACACCUUUGCCCCUAAGGCAACCCAUGGGACAACCUGCAUCUUCCAAGGCACCUGAUCCCACUGCAUCCCCUGAGCAACAUUUGUCUGUUGCAUACCCUGAGAAUGCACCUGAUCUAGUCAGGACUCCCGAAGAUACACCUAAGCCUGGUGUGUCCCCUGAGGGAGCACCUCUUUCAGCCAGUUCACCUUUAAAGUCAUCUGUGCUUGCUGCAUACCCUGAUGAGGCACCUGUACUCACCACCUCCCAGGAGGGAGCUCCUCUUCCUGCCCAAUCCUCUAAGGGAGCAUAUGUGCCUGCAGUGUCCUUGGAAGCAGCAACUGUUCAUGUCAGCUCCAAUCAGGAACUGCCUGUGCCUUCCAUGAUCCUAAAAGGACCAGUUGUUCCCAACGGGUCCCAACAGGAAGUGCCUGUGUCUUCCAGGAUCCCAAAAGGACCAACUGAUCCGGAUGAGUCUCAAUGGGAAGUGUCUGUGCUUUCCAGGAACCUGCAAGGAGCAACUGUUACUGACGGGUCCCAACAGGAAGCACCUGUGCCAGCUAGGCCGCCAUGGAGGAAGAAACUGAGGGUCCCUGAAAAUAUGAGGCAAUAUGUGACAAGGAAAUCCAUCUUAACAUCUUUGCCUAUAAGGCAACCUAUAGGACAAUCGAUACCCGCAGCAUCCUCUGUGCCUGCUGCGUCCUCUGAGGAAGCACCUGUUCUGGCCAGAACCCUGCAAGGAGCAACUGCUGCCAAUGGGUCCCAACAGAGAGCACCAGCUCCUGUCAGGCCCUCACUGUGCAGAAACCUAAGGGUCCCUGAAAACAUGAGGCAGUAUGUGACAAGUAAUAUCAUUUUAACGCCUUUGCCCCUAAGGCAACCCAUGGGACGACCUACAUUUACCAUGGUACCCACUGCAUCCCCUGAGCAACCUCUAUCUGCUGCAUCCCCUGUGGAAGCACCUGUACUGGCCAGGUCCACUGAGAGAGCACCUAUGUCCUGUGCAUCCCCCAGGGAAGUACCUGUACCCCUACUAUAUGGAGAAAGACUGCACGGCCUCUCCAAGUUCUCAGCACAAUCUGAGAAGGCUGUGUGAGAAAAGCCCAGUACCUAAAUGGCACACCUGUAAAGGAUUGUGCAUUUCCAUAUAAACAGCAGAGCAUCAAAUGAAAGAAGGACCUUUACCUUCGCACUUUGCUACUGUUACUGUUUUUUGAUAAUUAAUGAAACAAUA